AUGUACGAAUCUUAUCGCCCCCACCUCCUGUUAGCUCAGGUACCCCUCACCGUCUCGCCGUUCAUCAACCUACCUUCCUCGGUUACACUACCUUACACCUACAAGUCGGUUCCUUCAACCCUUAUACCCUCGGUGACAGUCGAUCCUAGUAAUCCCGAUCUCAAGGCUCGCUACGUGGUGUCUUCGAGUGGUGAACAUGCAGCUCACCCAGAUGAGAUCCUCGCUUCAUGCAGGUCACUCGAGCAACAUCUCAAGAAGACACGGGAUGAUGCUGCCAAUGCCAUAAAAUCUUGGGAAGAGACAAUUCAAGAUAGGGAGCUCGCUGAGAAACGUCGUAUUGCGCCUGGGUGGCUUGAUCGUGAAGAGAAACUACUGAAACCGACCCAAUUGACUUCAUCUCCCGAAUCGAAAGGAAAUAUUGAGAGCUUGUUGGACAGCUCAUCAGCGGACCAGGGCUCUUCAAAUAUGCCUUCGAUGGUACUUCGGGAUGAAGGAGAAGAAUUGGACCGGGCAUUUGGUGGACUGGGAGUGAAAUGA